UUCAAAUUGUGCGCACUUGCUUCGUGUAUUAGAAUAUACGUUGUAUCUUUCUUUUGCGAUAAAAUAUUACAAUGAGAUUAUAAACGUCCUAUAGAAGCAGGAUGACGUUUCGAAAAGCGCUGCUUUCGAAUUAUCACUCAUUCGUCGUUUGAGAGAAUCGACAAUUGGACUACUGUUGUUUGGAUGGGCAAUUCUAACACGAAGAGAAGCUAUCAUAAUUACGAAAAGUAUGAUAGUCAGUAUAGCCUCAGUGAUUUACUCGGUGGAAGCUGCAUCACAGCAGCACAAGCUUCUAAUGAUGAACGAAGAUCAUGGUCUCGUGCUUCUCACAGAAGUUGGACCAGAGAUGCUGGACAGGAUGCUCACGUAUCAUCAUUUGGAUCUUCCAAAACAGUAUGGCCAGUUCCCCGUUUUCAGUCAAUGUUCCUACCAGAGUUUCCAGUCAAACAGAUACCCUUGAAGACGGGAUAUGUUUUCUUGGAUGUAAUAGCUAAAGGUGCUUAUGGAAAAGUGUACAAAGUACAAAAACAAGAGACUGGUCAAGUUUAUGCACUUAAAGUCAUUAGUAAAGCUAUGAUAGUAGCAGAAAAUGCUAUUAGACAAGCUAAAGAGGAGGUAGCAAUACAGAGAAUGGUUGGACAUCAUCCUUUCGUAGUGAGCUCUGUCCACAGAUGGCAAGGCAGAAAGACUUUGUAUAUAUUGAUGGACUACAUUUCUGGAGGAGAAUUACUUUCACUAGUCGAUGAAUAUGGCUGUUUACCUGAAGAGGUAGUUAGAAUAUAUGUGGCUGAAAUUGCGUUAGCCAUAGAUUUCCUGCACAAUGCUGGCAUAGUACAUAGAGAUCUAAAAACAACAAACGUUCUACUUGACGAAAAUGGCCAUGCUAUAAUUAUUGAUUUUGGUUUAGCCAAAUGGCUGCAACGCACUGAAAGAACGAAUACAUUAUGUGGAACACCCCAAUACAUGGCUCCUGAAAUAUUAAGAAAAGAAUACUAUGGACAGGAGGUCGAUUGGUGGUCGCUCGGCGUCUUAAUGUGCUUCUUACUUACAAAUGAGUAUCCGUCCACUGUCUCGUCAGAUGCUUUGCCCGAUCAGAAUGUGAAUAUCGCGGAUUCACCAGGAACCUUACCAGCGAACGUGAAUAUUUCACCUGCAGCGAGCGAUCUUCUGAAGCGACUCUUACAACCGGAGCCUCGUCUAAGACUUCGAACUCUCCUGAGUCUUCAAAGGAUCGCUUUUUACAUGGGCUACGAUCUUCAAAGCUAUAUGCAGAAAAAGGAAUCGCCAUUCCGGAUUCUAGGAGUAAAAAAUCGUCGAGAAUUACAACAACAAAGAAUGGAGAGUUUGAAAUAUGAAUUUUCAAAUUUUGAAUCAUUUCCUGGCGAUAGUACAACACGGACCAGUCAUCAAUGAUCUCAUAUGCAUUAGUGUGCAUCAUUCUCUAAUCUCAUAUAUAUAUGCUUUGAUAUGAAAUACGCAAUAAAAUUAUUUUUUCAAUAUUUGCAGCAUAUUUUUAUAUAAACAUUGAUUGAAUAUUUUGAGCGAGGCAUUUUAUAGUUUAAUGAAUCUCAAAUAGAAUUUUUCCAGAUGUGACUUAGUGCAAUUUGGUUAGUACAUUAAAUUUUUUAGAUAAUAAUAUUAUAUGAUGGAAUUAAUGCUAAAUAAAAAAUUUUUUUAUUUCUA